AUGCCGGUAAGCCUGGACGCUUGGGAGACGACGCCUGCUAUCUGCCGGGAAACGCCACGAUGCCGCGGGCUCGAAACGGACAGCAGCGGAACGAACUGGUUCACCAAACCACACUCCCGGCGGAAGGGUGGGAAAAAAGUGAAGGUAACCUUCUCGGACCAGCUUGACCCAUCGGACAGUUCCGGAAGCAGCACCGCCACCACCCCCGUAUAUUCCUCUCCGAGCCCAUCGGCAGCGGGCCAGCGGUGGCGUUAUCUGGAUAACGUGUUCGGGUCGUCCAAGGGAGCUUCAGCUGGUAGUCGAUCAGCAGGCGCGUUUGAUCGUAGCAGCAGCAUUCGGCAGAGUAAUACCAGCUUUGGAUCCGUUAGCAGUGGCCCUUACAACCGACGACCACCACCACAGCGAAAACUAGGACAGAAGAUGGCCGAUUGCGAGAAGGAGGAAGCCCUUAAUCUGCAGGUGGAAUUCGAGUGGGUGCUACACGAGGAGGUCCAUUCGGUGCUAAAGCAGUUGCACGUCAUCCUGGUGGAAUGUGCCCACCGGUUUCCGGUUCCGCUGUACGGUAACGAGGGCAAGAAGCAGGACAAAUUCGUGCUCACUACCGCCCCGGAGCAGCUGAAGUGUAUCGUCACGCUUACGGGAGAUAGCAUUACAUAUGCGGAUAUUAAUUUCAAGGUGCAGCGCCAGCAACAGCAGAUUCAGCGUACCACCAUCACGCAGGACUACCCGUGGAAGAUACAGCAAGUGCAGGACGCGGCAAACCACCUGCAGCAGGCGAUCAACCACAUCGACAACGUGGACAGUGCGUAUCAUUUCAAGACCUCCGACGAGGUGCUGCAUAUACUUGGGAACAUUCUCGGGGCGCUGCAGCGAGGCCGCACAUCACUCGUCGUCCCGCGCAAAAAACCCAUCGAUGAGCUGAUGAAGAGUCGCAACAUGAAGGCACUCUCACCGAACCUGCCCGAGGAUUUGGCGAUCAGCUUCUACAUCCAGAGUCACAAACUCAUCUUCGUCGCGUACCAGCUCACGAAUUUUCAGGGCACUAUGAAGUUCGACUCGUGGCAGGCGGAGUGCUCGGUACCGUGGCUGAACGAGGUGCUGGUGUUGUUCACCGUUGCACUGCAACUUUGCCAGCAGCUGAAGGACAAGAUAUCAGUAUUCUCGCAAUAUAAGGACUUCACCGUUGGUUCUCGUUCACCAUCGGCAUUGUCGUACUGAUGCCGGAUCCAUUCAUCCAGCGGUUGCACACCAUGCUGCCGAAUGCUGUCGUGCCCAUCGUAGGCGUUCUAACCGUCCCGUCGGUCUUGUUCAUGGUUGCCGGAAACUCUUCAUGCACAGGGCGGGAGAUACACUGAAUCUGGAUGGAUGGAUCCGUCGGCUGUAUCGAUGUGAAUUUCUUGUACGUGGCAGUUUGGGUAGUUCUUCUUAGAUUCGCGGAAAUUUCCCCCUUUCUGCGAUCGUUUGUUGAUGCGUAUACUUGAUGUUUGUUAUGAUCAAACGCUACUGUUGUUAUUGCAUUAGGCUAAGAAAUUGAAAAAAAAAAAUUGUAUAAACCUCGUUGAGGCGGCAUCGUAGAACUACCGGCUCUCACUAUAUAUUUUCCCUUUUUUAUACCUUGUGCCAUGAUUGUGAAGGGCUUGUAGUAGAGCGAAUCAUAAAAAUUGCGCGUGUCCGAUAGGGAAAAUGUGUGUAACUUCGUGAUUGGUUUCGGACGGCUUGUAACUUGGCUUCGAAUGAAUACUGAAUGGUUCAUGACAAAAACAAAAACCAUAAAUCAACAAAACUGUACUUAAAAAAAGAAAUAAUUGAUGAAUGAAAAUUGACAAACAUAAGCAAGCCAAACCAGCGUAGAAUUAGCAUGCCAAAUUUAGAAAAGUAGCGUCUCACAUCUGGAUAUCAGGCCCAGAAGCGAGAUCAAUGAUUGGCAAUCGAUAUAAUAUACACUUAAUAUGUGAUAAAGCCAAAAGCCACCCAAGAAAAAUGCGCUAUUUCAUGCAAGAAGAAAUGCCUGCCCCAAACGGUGCAUAUUUAUGCACACCGAUUGACUGAUGUUUCUGUCGUUGGACUAGCUGAAUCUCGAAGGAUAAUGUAGAACAAUUUAAAAGAAGACCGGAAAAAAACAUGCAAUGAUCAACUGUCAAGGAUAUUGCUUCAUGUUUUGCUUUUUCGAUAAAAUCGUUGUGUGGUAACAAUUAGCUAGUUAGUACCGGCAUUAGAAACUUCUGCAAACCGUUUUCAGUCAUUAAUUGUAAGCCUGGAAGACGAAUGAUGGAGAGUCGUAUUCAUGUUUUAGUUCCAAGGUAACGUUUUUGGUGUCGUUUUUUUGUCAUUUCGGUCAAUUGUGACUUGCAAUGGAUGGCAUAAUGUUUGUUGGAUGUAUUUAGAAAUUUUGUUUUUAUAUUUAUAGCGUAGCAUUUACAUUAUGUUUCCAUUUAUCCAAAUGCUGAAUGUGAUGUUCUACAUGUUUCUGAUCGGCGAAUGAGAAUAAUGAAUCCGGAUUUUAGUUGUAUCUUCGAUUACGUGAAUAAAUUUUACUUUCCUUGACGACUCGGUAAUGGUGAGUUAUGUUUCGUUUGAUUUUUUUACUGUCUUAUUCUUU